GUGUCCGUCCGUGAUGGCGGCGGGGGAGGCGCGGGCCCCGUCGGUGGUGUUCGUGCACCCGGACCUGGGGGUCGGGGGCGCGGAGCGUCUGGUGGUGGACGCGGCGCUGGCGCUGCAGGCGCGGGGCUGCCGCGUCAGCGUGUGGACGGCGCACUACGACCCGGGGCACUGCUUCGCCCAGAGCCGCCAGCUGCGGGUCACGUGCGCCGGCGACUGGCUGCCGCGGAGCCUGGGCCGCGGCCGCGGGGUGGCGCUGUGCGCCGCUCUGCGCAUGCUCUAUCUGGCCUGCUGCCUCGUGCUGCUCGGGGGCCUCGACGGCGUCGACGCGCUCGUCUGCGACCAGGUCUCCGCUUGCAUCCCGGUGUUUCGGCUGACCAGACAUCGGAAGAAGGUUGUCUUUUACUGCCACUUCCCCGACCUCCUCCUCACCGAGAGGAAUUCUCUGCUGAAGCGACUGUACAGGGCCCCGUUGGACUGGUUGGAGGAGCGCACCACCGGCAUGGCCGACCACGUUGUCGUCAAUAGCCAUUUCACGGCAAGCGUCUUUAAGAAGACCUUCAAGUCCCUGGCUCACAUAACCCCAGAUGUCCUCUACCCGUCUUUAAACUUCAGUAGCUUUGACGCCACGGCUCCUACGGGUAUAGAUGACACGAUUCCCCGGGGCAAGAAGUUUUUGUUCCUGUCCAUCAACAGGUACGAACGGAAGAAAAACCUAAGUUUGGCUUUGGAGGCCCUGGUUGAUCUACGGGGAAGAUUGGACGCCCACGAGCGGGACACAGUCCACCUUGUUAUGGCAGGUGGUUAUGACAAAAGGGUUUUGGAAAACGUGGAGCACUACGAGGAAUUGGAAAGCCUGGCUACCGCAUUUGACAUCAGCCAGCACGUUACGUUCCUCAGGUCGUUCUCGGACCGGCUGAAAAUCUCCCUCCUUCGUAAUUGCACGUGCGUCCUGUACACCCCGAGCAACGAACAUUUCGGCAUAGUCCCCUUGGAGGCCAUGUAUAUGCGGUGUCCCGUCAUUGCUGUCAAUUCCGGGGGCCCUCUGGAGUCCGUCGUGAACAACGUGACGGGAUUUUUGCGGGAGCCCGAUCCGGCGCAGUUUUCCGAAGCGAUGGAAAGGUUCGUGAGGGACCCCUCCCUAAAACCCGCGAUGGGAGCGGCUGGAAGAGCCAGAGUGAAGGAGAAGUUUUCCUCAGAAGCAUUUACAGAACAGUUGUACCGAUACAUUAGUAACUGACUGAGUUCUCACGGGGAAAACCCUCGCUGCCUCCAUCAGCUGCAGGGAGACAGUCCACCGUGCUUUUGAAAAAUAUUGCAGGACUCAGAUAUUUAGUGCAGAAUGAGUGGGUCCUUACAGUUUUUACUUUUACUAAGGCACCUUUUUGAACUCGGGCUACUGUCGAUGGGUCUUACCGAGAGGACUUCAGACGUGGAAAAUCAGAAAUCGAUAAAUGUAAAGCGCAGUGGAAAAUCAGAAAGCGAUGUUCUGAUUGAGGAACUCUGAUCGCUUUAAAUGGGUUGCUCCCAUGGAUCGAGCACUGUACUAAGCAUGCAGAGUGCCGCGUGUACCGUACUGUGUGCAGAGCACUGUGCCAGUCAUAUCGUCGUAACAGUAUCAGUGGACCUUUUAAACUGCACGAUCUUUAUGUGGGAACUAGUGUCUGGUUUUGAAAUUUACAAUCUGAAGAGGCAGUUUGUCGUUGGGUAAUUAGAACAGAAAAUAGGGGCUAUUUUAAUCACACUGCGUCUUCGUAUUUAAUUUCACGAUACCUUUUUGCUUGGACGCUUUCUCGGGCCCGGGUACCUCGUGACAGGUUACUUAUAUUUGUCCCAGCCCACGCACGCUACACUCUGUAUUCCACCGACACAGAGCAGCCCCCAGGUGGGAGGGAACCCUCCUCGGAUAAUGGAGAGAUUCCUCCCGGGGGGAAUGAAGCGGUUUUAGCGCGCCUCUCUCAAACAUCCCCUUCGGCUUUAGGAUAUCGGAAAUGGGAGCCAUCUCCAGCAGGACGGCUCUGGUUUGGCUGAUGGGAAGACAGAUCUUGAGAGCCAGAGAGGUGCCGAUGAGAUGGGCGGUUGGUAGGUUUGAGGCAGUUGACGACGAGUGACGAGAACUGCCCAGAUAAGCGGGCAAUAGAAAAUUUCCCUGCCCUGGUGGAGCGAUAAAGACUUGAUUAAAAGAGGAAGUAACGGAUGCAGAACAAAUAAAGAUGAUUUGAAGAAUUGAGUUCCACUUGCGUUUUAGGCUAACAGUAGCGUUUC